AGCCUGGUCCUUCUCCUCUUCAGUCCCCUCCUCGGAAGUAGACGUAUCUGUCUAUAUUCCGUUCAUUUAUUUUUAUAUCUUUUUUAUAACGACCCCUUUUCCCCAACACGCAGCACCAUGAACACCAAGAUGGAGGACUAAAGUGAAGAGCGGGUCCCUGUUUCAGCCCUAUUCUAAUCCUUGAACUGAGUGACCGGAUGAAAUCCUACUGUGGGUUUCUCCGCUUUGCAGGGGAGGUAGCUGUAUCCAGUGGGGAGGUAGGCUCAACCAGGGGAAAGAAUGAAGUUCUUCGAACCCUGGGGACGCCAGAGGCUGUCUUUUCUUCUGGAAAAGGCCGCCUCUAGGGAAGCCAAGAUGUGGAAGGUCUACGUGCCGAAGAAGCCCUCCUCACAGGAUACAGAUAUCACCCCUGCCCAGCGGGAUGAGGCCGUGCGCUGGUUGACGGAGCUCCAUGGUAAACUGCAGCUGUACCCAGAGACCCUGGUGUUAGCUGUUAGCAUCCUGGACCGUUUCCUCGCUCCCAUCAAGGCCCGUCCAAAGUACCUGCGCUGCAUCGCCAUCGCCUGCUUCUUCCUGGCUGCUAAGACCUGUGAGGAGGAUGAGCGUGUGCCCUCUCUGAAAGAGCUGGCAGACUCCAGCAGUUGUGGCUGUUCUCCAUCAGAGAUCCUGAGGAUGGAGAGGAUCAUCCUGGACAAACUGAACUGGGAUCUGCACACCGCCACAGCUCUGGACUUCCUGCACAUCUUCCAUGCGAUGGUGCUGUCGUGCCGUUCUGGGUUUUUGGACUCCAUGUUGGGACUAAACCGCUCCCAGCACCUCACCCUGCUGACACGGCGCCUGUACCACUGUCUGGCCGACCACACGCUCAUACAGCUCAGAGGAUCCAUGCUGGCCUUGGCCCUCAUCACCCUGGAGCUGGAGACCUGCUGUCCUGACUGGCUGGCUCUUACCAUAGACCUGCUAAGGAAGGCACAGAUCGACAGCUCUGAGUUGAUUCGGAGUCGAGAGCAAGUGGCUCGUAGUCUGUCCACACUGAGAGCUUCCCUGCCUCCAAACACUGUCUACAUCUACCAACCCCUGCAGAGCCAAAGCACCCUGCAGCCUCCGGCCCAGGACCCCACACUCCCCUGCUGCACGCUGGGGAUGACUUCCACCACCGAGUCUUCCAGGGACCACGCCCUUGUCACCGCCACCCCUGCCCAGCUACAGAUACCUGCUGGUGGGGAGGAGGGGAGCCAGCAGCCCUGGAGCUCCUUCUCCUGCUCCACCAACAGCAGCAUCCCAGCUCUGCUGUCUCCACCCAGACACCUCCGCCAUCUCAACCACCUGCAGAAGGUCACACUGCGUUGCAAAGCAUCCGCCAAGCGCAAGGUGGAGGAGAUGGAGGUGGACGACUUCUACGACGCCAUCAAGCGCCUCUACAACGAAGACGUCACCACCACCACCACCGCUGCUGUCCAGGAGGGGGCCACACCUUCGAUGGGGGCGAUAACAGGUGGAGGAGGAGGAGGUGGAGGAGGAGGAGGAGGUCUGGGUGUCUGCAGCGUCCUGUUGACCCGGCAGGAAGGCAGCACCUCCCCCUGCCCGCCUCUGCAGCCAGUCAGUGCCUCCUAGAGACCAAACAUGAACCUGUUCACCAAAACCACCUUUCACACUGACAUCAUCCCUCACCUUCAAAUCAAUCUGCUCCAUUCAAAGUAUUCACACUACAACCAGUUAUGAUCAAGCAGUGAUAUUAAGGGCAGUUCUUCUCUGUGAUGAGCAACUCUCUCAGCAAAAGGAAACAACAAAAGAGAAAGAUUUCAUUCAGUGUUUCCUUUUGCAUACAAAAUGCAAUGUAAAGGCAGCUCCUAGGGACGUGUUGCUGGUCACAGUCGACACAGAAAAUUGUCCUUUUACAUCACUGCUUCUGAUUAAAUGUACAAUAAAAAGAAGAAAAUAUUGAUCUCACAAUACAAAUAAAGUACAGAUCGGGAUGAUUUCAGUGCUUCAGGUGGUUUUGGUUUCAGUAGAAACGACCCCGAGCUGCCGGGCCGUCCCGAGCUCAGCUCCCAUCAUCUCCUGCAGCAGGAAAACAGAGCCCAAAAAAAAUUAAACAUUCAAAAAAUAAAAAACGUGCUGCUGCUGCUGCUACUCUUAUUAAUUAUAUUUGUUGAACACAAAUACAAUAUUACAAAAGGUUUAAAAAAAAAUUAUAAAUGAAAAAGUUACCUUCAAAAAAACCUAGAAUUGACUUUUCCAUCCCAGUGUCUCUCUCUCUGUCAUCGUUUGUCAACUUUUAUUUGUUGUUCACACCUUUAACUCUUUCAUUUCACAUAUUUAUGUUUUUUUUCUAUCUUCUUUACUUUCCCUACUCACUGCAUGUCAUUUCUGUAACAUCUUCAUAGUCUAAAUCAAAUAGACGAUAUCUGUAUUACUCACCCAGAUAGAAAAAUACAUUGUUUUGUUUUCUUUUAGUGAAGUGCCAUUUUGAUUAUUAAUAAGAUGCUAAUAUAAAUAUCCCUCCUAUGAAUCCCUCUGUUUUCUCCUUCCCUCUCAGCUUGUUGUGACGGCUUGACUGAAUGAACCUCCGGUUGUUUUAUUCACCCACAAUCUGGUUUCCUCUGUUGAAGCAGAGGGAACUAGACUUCUCAUUUAUGUACGCAUAUGUAAUAGAACAACCUUGAGUUAUUUAAAGCAGUUUAAUAUUAAGCUAAGAGACAGAAAUGUGUUUUUUUGAGUUGAUGUCUGAGCUUCAGAAAGGACACAAUCUUUACUUUGAUGUUCAAAAAAAUGCUAAAACAACGCGCUCUGUUUUUAUCUCUUGAAGUUCUGUUUAAUAUAUUUUUAUUCCUGCAAAAAGCUCUGUUAUACUGCUGUGGGAGCUGCUGGCGGCUGCUCUGGGUCCCUGAAUGCACCACGGCACCAAUAAAAGAAGAGAUACAAGUAUGAAAACC